AUUGCAAUAAAAUAAUGUUAAAUACAAGUUCAAUCAAUUUAGGGGAUAGUAGCAAAGUUUAUAAGCAAAGCAAUUAACUAGGAAUUUUAUCUACUGCUAUAAGUAAAAUAGGGAAUGCUGAUCAUUCUUUUCAUAAAGGGAUAAAGGCAGCCAAUACAACAAAUGUAUCACCUGUAAGAAUGCGAUUGUUUAGAGAAUCACCAGAAAGAAAGCAAAGAGGUCUUGAUGGCUUGGUUGUAGGAGAGUUUCAGUAAUAUAAAGUAAAUAAUGAAAAUUAGUCCUCGCAAAUAAACUUAAGUUGUUUACAGUAGUAUUCAUUAGAGUUCAUCACCAAUGAAUCAUAAACCACAAUAAAAAUAACAAUUUUAGGAUUCACCUACAAGAGCUAAAUAGAAAAUAGAUAGAUUUAAGAACUGGGAUUCUAAAUUGGACAUUGAAUUAUAAUUACAAAAUACAGGGAUAACUAGAUUAGGGAAUGAUGUAGUCUAUCAAUCAGGUCCAUAAAUUAAUUAUACAAAAUCAAUUUAAUUUAAUGAGAGACUUAAUCGAAACAACCCUUCAGUCUCAUAAUCAGAUAUUGUACAACUAACAGCUAAAUUGAAUGCAAUACCAAGAACUGAAUUAACUAAUUUUACAAGAGGGUAUUACAUAAUAAUAAUAAGUUUAGUCAUGCUCAUGAAUUAUCUACACUUUAAUAAUCAUUGCAAAGAAUACUGAAAUCAAGCAAAGCAUAUUGA